AUGGUUCCAGUGCCGACCCCAUUUGAUGCGAUGAUGAAGAUUGAUCGCAUUAAGUUCAACGGCCGUUCUACAAACAUUGCGGCGAGUGGAAACAGAGUGGACACUGGGAAACCCCCACGUCUGGACCCCACAGAAUGGAGGCCUGUUAGGAGUCGGAAUCCAGAUUGCGUGGGCGAGACUUUGGAGUACUCCGUAGAUCAGAGAGCAAUUGUAACUCUUAUUGAUAUUAUUGGUGGUGGAGUUGCAUCUGAUGACAUUGGAGCAUGCGUCGGAACUGAUGCGGCAGCUCGAUUCUACUCUUAUGGAAUUGAAAGAUCAUUCGAACUACUGCUAUGGAAUGAGGCUGUGACCCCCACGGACUCCUCGAUCAUGGUGGCCUAUGAAGGAGAAAGAAUGAUCUUUCUGAUCGGCAAGAACUCCGAUGAAUGCAGCAGGGGAGUCAUCUUUGAGGUUGAGGAAUCCCUCUCUCGACUUGUCGCUCAUCUUCCCCUCGUUGUGUGGGGGUGGGGGAUAUUGUUGUAA